GCUUCGGCUGGGUUGAACGAGAAGAUUCGACGUUUAUUUAGACAUUACGCAUGAAUAACCCUUCUGCACUCACCAUAUAAGGAUUUAAAACAUAUUUAUUUAUUCAAAACAUGGCCAUUGGUUUAAAACAGGCUUCAAAUAUAUGAAUACUGUGUGUUCUGAUUUGCCUUUUAAUUUUCAUAUUACUGAUUUCCAAACUACGUUUAUUUUACAUAGAAGCCCAACAUUGUUCUAAAUGAGCCUCGUUGUUUGUUGUUGAUAAGCCUUGUAGAAGCAGUGUGCCCAUGCAAUAGACAAAUCCCUCCCCGACCCCCUCAAGUAAUCCCCCAUUUAGUUUGAUUUUGGGAGGAAACGCCACUGCACUCACAACUGACACAUUGUAUCAACCUGCGCCAAUGUGAUGCAUCAGUUGUUACAUUGUAGUAACAAAUGUUAUGCUGUUAAUUUGUUGCACAAUGUAGCUACAUACUGUAUCCUGGCAUACAUAGUGUCUGAUAAGGGGAUAUCAUAGGGGUCUGCCCCCUGACUAUAAUUUCAUGUGUUUUCAAUGUGUAUCUGUCAGGGUUGGGCUAAAUUGGAAUUGAAGGCAGUCAAUUCAGGAAAUCAACAAAAAUGACAAUCCAAUAAUUGAAAAAAAUUGCAUUUAUUUUCAAUAACUUCUCAAUAAACUGAAAAGUAGAAGCUAUUUAUUUCAAACGUUUUUAAACAUAAAUUAAACUGAAUUGACUGGCUUCAAUUCGAAUUGAACCCAACCCUGGUAUCUAUGUAGGCUAUAUAUACAGUGUUACAGGGAUGGAUUGUUUUCCCCCUGAGUCAUGGCAUCAAUCCCAAAAUAGCCUGGACCAAAUAUAACACACCACAUUCCCAUAAUCUUGAAACCGAUUUUAUACCAUUUAGCUACUAUGGUAACCACAAUGUAAAUAUGCACAAUUUAACCACAAGGUGUAUCUGUACAAAGCAAUGUAUUAUUUGACCAUGAGAUAUUUCCUAUAUUUGCAGACCGGUGUGUGAUGUGUGUAUGAGGUGUGUGUUGCAGCGUGUGUUGGUGUGUGAGGGGUGUGUGUGUGUUGCUGUGUGUGUGCGGUAUGUGUGAGGUCCAGACAUGGUAAAGCUGGAGCUAGAUCAGGUGGUAAUGAGGAGGAUGAGGGAGGAUGACAUCGAGACUGUCAAAGCUAUCAUCAAGGAGGGUUGUCAGGGCACAGAAAACCGUCUGAUCCUCCACAUCCUGACUCGUCCUGUCUGCCUCCUACUCCUGGCUACCGUCUCUUCUGUCCUCCGCUGCUUCCUUCACUCCUUCAUCCUGGCCCUCAUCAUUCCUGUCUUCCUGCUCAUCGUCUACCUCAAGUUCACCAUGCCACGCUCCACAGGGGUGCUGGGUACCAGCCGGCCCUACUGGGACUAUGUGGGGAGCAGUUACCGAGGGGCGCAGGACGAGACCCUCGUCAACCCCUAUAGCAGGAUCAGUGGGAAACCCCCGCCGGCAAAAGGCAAGGCCAGACGGAGGACCAAACCCAAGGCAGAGGACAAGGACAAAGACUUGUCUCCUGAGAUCGUAGACGUGGAGAGGGAGAAGGCAGCAGGGCAGGUGUGGGUGGCGGACUGUGAGGGGGAGAUCGUGGGCUGUGUGUCCAGGGAGGGUGACUGUCGUCUGGGGAUGAGGAGGUUCUGCAGGGUGGUGGUGGGGUGCUGGUACCGCCGGGAGGGCCUGGGCAGACUGCUGGUCCAGAGUCUGGAACAGAGGGAGAGACAGACGGGGGCCAGGAGGGUCUACGCCCACGUCCCCUACCCCUCUGCAGUAGGAGAGGCCUUCUUCAGGAAGCUGGGCUACCGGCUGCAGGGGGAGGUGGGCUACGACGGGGAGGAAGAGGAGGAGGAUGAAGAGCAGCCGGAGAGGACAUUUCUGGGCUUCCAUGUCACCAAGGUGUUUGUCAAAGACCUCAAAUGAUGGAGGAGACACAACGAAGGGAAUGUGGAAAAUACCAAAGGGAAAAAGAGGAGGAGGAGGAGGAGGAGAGAUACUGUUAUUUUACUGCUUUUAUUUUUUACUUAUCUAUUGUUUAC